AUGCUCCUUGGUGGUCUCGCUUUGCGGAACAUUGGGUCCCUAUUCAUUCCGGAGAAAAUCUAUCAUCAGAGUACCAUACCGAACGGAAGUUAUCCAAUCGAUACAAACAACAGCUGGAUACCGGACGAUAAAGCCUUAUUUUCUGUGAACGACCCCUGGACACAAAUGUCUGCCUUGCUCCUUGUCAACCCCAGUCUAUCUGGUGUGUUAAGACAACUGGCACUGACCACAAUUCUCAGUCGAGCCGGUCUCGGACUGGAUCCGACCACAUUGAAACAAGUCUGUGGCAGUGUAUUUCGCCUGGCCAUCAUUCCUUGUGUUACAGAGGCAGCUGCUCUCAUGUUAGUCACACGUUUUCUGAUCGGUUGGCCAUGGACGUGGGGUGCAAUUUUGGGGUUUGCCUGUGCGGCCGUUUCACCGGCUGUGAUUGUGCCAAACAUGAUGCGACUUGAGGUUGCGGGAUGGGGUGUUGCCGAAGGUAUUCCCACCCUUGUAGUAGCCGCAUCCAGUCUGGAUGAUGUGCUCGCCAUAACUGGAUUCGGAGUUGCCUUGGCUGUCGCUUUAUCCACCGGUGAGAAUUUGGCCGCCACAUUGUUCUGGGGUCCAGCAGAAGCUUUGUGCGGUGCAGCCUUCGGUGCCUCGGUCGGAUCGUUGCUCUGCUUAUUCCCGCCACCAAAACUGGAACAUUCGCAUCUGAUUCGAGGAAUCCUGCUUAUUUGUCUGGCAGUUACCGGUCUAGUGGGCUCUGUCGGAUUGCAUCUUCCGGGUGCCGGUGCCUUAGCAUGUUUAACUCUGGCCUUCAUUGUAGCAAUGGGUUGGCGAGCAGGUCUUCCAUGGCGCUUCACUCAACCGAGUGAACCGUAUCUGGGGCAUGCAUCUGGCGAUUUGUCUAGCAAUACUGAUCCCGCUGGUUCAGAAGAUGGCCUAACUAAACCACCACCCAAUACGCGUUUACAAGUCACAUACAGUCCCGGGUCCAAUGUAACUGAACAAAACAAACCAGACAAACUCGACAGUGGCACAGCAAACAUUCUGGAAAUUUCUUCUAAAUCCGAACCAAUUCGCGAAACUGGCGGUUCGGUCAGAUUGACCGAUGCGAUGUCAUCACAACGAUCCGGACGACACAAAGAUUCAACCAGUUCAAACAUUUUGGAAAAUCUUAUUGAAUAUCAUCCAUAUUACUGUUCUAUUUUGAAACAGCAAUACAGCGCUCAUCCAUCGCGUCACAGUGCCAGUCAAACAACCAGUAAUCGGGGCUCAGGUAAAUCGUCUAUACGGCAAUUAACCGGUGGAGAUUUGCCCGCUAUUGCUGUUGCUGUUGCGGCCACUGCUGGAUCGGGAACGGGCCGGAAAGAUUCCGGUUACGUGACAUCCGGCCAAGGAGCUCAGCUUCGCAGUCGUUCUCGUACCUCAAGACGUUUCAGUCUACCCGAACCAACAGCACACUAUGAGAUGGAAUCUUUCUCAACUACCGGAUCUUUUCAACGUGGUAUUAGUCCACCUUCGGAUCGCUCUUCCGGCCGACAAGGAACCCAACGAUCACGUCGACGUAUACUCUCUCCAACUUUUCGUGAACAAUACGCGGCUGUGUGCAAUCAACCUGUGGACAAACUGGAAGAGUUGGUCGAGUGCGAAGAUGAGAUCGGUGCGGCUACACAACCCAUGAAACUGUACAAACUGGGUGAACAGAAUUCGAAUGCGGAUGCAGAUCAACAGGAGCAGUCUGGAUUGCCAAACCCCAAUGAAGACUCCCCGUUGUCUGCCACACCACAGGAGCGUGGAUUGGCCUGUUUGAAUUCAAUGCGACAGACACUGGCUGCCGUGUGGUGGUUUGUACAACCCAUUCUAUUCUCUCUGAUUGGUGCUGAAGUGGAUUUGAGCAAUCUGGCCGGAGCAUCUACUGCUGCAAUGGCUAUUAUUUUGACUGCCCCAUUGGGUGCGAUUCUCAUGCCUGUCACAGCACCCUAUUUGCUGCAUCAGGAUUUGAAUGCAUCGGAAGUUAUGGUUGCCCGUACACGUCAGUCGACCAAGCAACCAGAAUCGAAUGCCAACAAGAACACGGAGAACCUGAACUCACAUGAGGCUACUACCGAAAUCGUGCCAGUCCCGAAUAUUUCGUUUGACAAAAUGGACGGCAACUCCGUUAACCCCAUUCCGCAAACAAACUCAAACGUAGUCGAUGGAAAUGAGAAAUGUGCAUAA